AUGGAGGACGAUACCGGAGAGAGAUCAAGCUUCGUCAUCGGUCUCAUUGAGAACCGAGCUAAGGAGGUUGGAGUGGCUGCUUUUGACUUAAGAUCCGCUUCGCUGCAUCUUUCUCAAUACAUUGAAACCAGCAGUUCGUAUCAAAAUUCAAAGACCUUGCUGCAUUUCUAUGAUCCCAUGGUGAUUAUUGUUUCUCCCAAUAAGCUGGCGCCCGAUGGUAUGGUUGGAGUCUCAGAACUGGUGGACAAAUUUUAUUCUUCAAUAAAAAAGGUCAUAAUGGCCCGUGGUUGCUUUGAUGACACCAGGGGAGCUGUGCUGGUUAAAAAUUUAGCUGCCAAAGAACCGUCUGCACUUGGUUUGGAUACCUACUACAAGCAAUACUAUCUAUGCUUGGCUGCGGCAGCUGCAACCAUCAAGUGGACAGAAGCAGAGAAGGGGGUCAUCAUUACAAACCACUCAUUGUUGGUUACUUUCAAUGGAUCAUUCGACCACAUGAAUAUUGAUGCUACUAGUGUCCAGAACUUGGAAAUUAUAGAGCCAAUGCAUUCUUCUCUUUGGGGUACAAACAACAAAAAGAGAAGUCUGUUUCAUAUGCUUAAGACAACAAGAACUACUGGAGGUACUAGACUUUUACGGGCCAAUCUUUUGCAGCCUUUGAAAGACAGUGAAACUAUUAAAGCUCGACUUGAUUGCCUGGAUGAACUGAUGAGUAAUGAGCAGCUGUUCUUCGGUCUGUCCCAGGCUCUUCGGAAGUUUCCAAAAGAAAUUGAUAGGAUCCUUUGUCAUUUCUGCUUCAAGCCAAAGAAAGUAACCAGCGAAGUCUUGGGCAUUGGUGGCGCUAGGAAGAGCCAAAUUUUGAUAUCUUCCAUUAUACUUCUUAAAACUGCUCUAGAUGCCCUGCCAUUACUUUCGAAGGUGCUUAAAGAUGCAAAGAGUUUUCUCCUUGCAAAUGUUUACAAGUCCAUAUGUGAGAAUGAAAAAUAUGCGACUAUAAGGAAACGAAUCGGAGAGGUGAUUGAUGAGGAUGUGCUUCAUGCAAGGGUUCCUUUCGUAGCUCGGACGCAGCAAUGUUUUGCUGUCAAAGCUGGAAUAGAUGGACUUCUAGAUAUUGCACGGAGAUCUUUUUGUGACACCAGUGAAGCUAUACACAACCUCGCAAAUAAGUAUCGUGAAGAUUUUAGGCUGCAAAAUUUGAAAAUCCCAUUUAACAAUAGACAAGGAUUUUACUUUAGCAUUCCACAGAAGGACAUACAGGAGAAACUUCCAAGCAAGUUCAUUCAGAUUAUAAAGCACGGGAACAACAUACAUUGUUCAACUCUAGAACUAGCUUCUUUAAAUGUGAGGAACAAGUCUGCAGCUGUGGAAUGCUACUUGCGGACAGAACUUUGCCUGGAAGCAUUAAUGGAUGCCAUACGGGAGGAUGUCUCUGUGCUCACCCUGCUUGCCGAAGUCUUAUGCCUUUUAGAUAUGAUUGUUAAUUCAUUUGCUCAUACAAUAUCCACUAAGCCUGUUGAUCGAUAUACCAGACCUCAAUUUACAGAUAAUGGCCCAUUGGCGAUUGAUGCUGGAAGACACCCUAUUUUAGAAAGUAUACACAACGGCUUCAUUCCCAACAAUAUCUUUCUUUCCGAGGCAUCAAACAUGGUAAUUGUCACGGGCCCCAACAUGAGUGGAAAGAGUACUUAUCUUCAGCAAGUGUGCCUAAUAGUCAUUCUUGCUCAAAUUGGUUGCUAUAUUCCUGCCCGCUAUGCAACUGUACGGGUAGUUGAUCGUAUAUUUACAAGGAUGGGGACUGUGGACAAUCUUGAAUCAAACUCUAGUACGUUUAUGACAGAGAUGAAGGAGAUGGCAUUUAUCAUGCAGAACGUCUCCCAAAGGAGUCUGAUUGUUAUGGAUGAAUUGGGGAGGGCAACUUCUUCCACUGAUGGAUUUGCUAUUGCAUGGAGCUGCUGUGAGCAUCUGUUGGCACUCAAAGCGUUAAGUCCUUGA